AACUGUCAGACAUACGGGGGUGUUUAAAUAUGUCAGCUCCCAUGAUUGACUAGCCGAAGCGUGUGCUCGAGUUUCCCACAGAAUAAUGGCAGAGAAAUUUGUCAAACAUGGACAUCUUUUCCGAAAGUCUUUUACGUUAGCAAACAAAAACGUUGCCAAGUGGUUUCCUGGUCACAUGCAUAAAGGCAUGCAAAAAAUGGUCAGCCGUAUCAAAAGUGUUGAUUGUGUCAUAGAAGUAAGAGAUGCAAGAAUUCCAUUGUCAGGGCAGAACCCCAAGUUUUCUGGAAUCCUCGCUGCCAGACCACAUGUGUUACUUUUGAACAAAGCUGACCUGUGUGACAUGAGUUUUAAAGAUGAUGUUGAACACAUGUUAAAGCAACAAGGCAUAAAAGAAUUGAUGUGGAUCAACUGCAAGGAACAGUUUCCUUCUGUGAUAAAGAAAGAUCUGAUACCAACUAUAAUGAACAGCAUUAAUUCCUAUGAAAGAUAUAAACAGACAGAUUUAUCAAUAUACAAUGUGAUGGUGAUAGGAAUACCAAAUGUCGGAAAGUCUUCACUCAUAAAUACAAUACGAAGGGUACUUAUACAAAAAGGUAAAGCCACUCCUGUAGGGGCAAGGGCAGGUAUUACAAGAUCUGUGUUGGAGAAAAUUAAGGUAUCAGCUGACCCAAAAAUUUAUGUCUAUGACACUCCAGGAGUAUUAGCACCAGAAGUGAAGAACGUUGAUGUUGGGAUGAAGUUAGCUCUUUGCGCUUGUCUUCAAGACCAUCUGGUUGGAGAAGACGUGAUUGUCGACUUUUUACUCUACUGGUUCAACAAGCACAACAAUUUUCGCUACGUAUCAGUGUUUGAAUUGAAAGAACCUUUGGAUGAUGUCCUGGAGUUCCUAAAUCAUGUGGCCUUGAAGAACAACAAAAUAGCACGGGUUACUUCUCUAGAUCCUUCACAAGGUCGUACAGUAUACAAGCCUGACUUCACUGCAGCAGCUGCACUUGUCUUAAAGAAAUUUCGAGCCGGAGAGCUUGGUCCAGUUAUGCUUGACAGUAAUAAAAUGAAGCAUUUACAUAAAGCAUAAUGCUUGCUGUAAAAUAUCGUUUUAUACUUCCCUGUAUAUACAACCUUUCUUUUCUCUGCCUUGCUGGCUAACAAUAGGUUAUAUUUAUUGUUCACAGCUGAAUAGUUAGCUGUAAAAAGAGACAUUCAACUGUAAAUAUAAUUAUUUCCAAUAAUAUAGAAAUUUGUAAAUUUACUACGAAGCAAAAAGGAAAAAAAAAUGUACUGUUUCCAGAUUGUCUGACAUGUGGAAAUUCAGGAAGAAAAUCAUGGGAAGAAAGAAA